UAGGAAGAUGGAGCAGUCAAAGCACGAGUCGAAGCGUGGUCAUCGUGUUCGCUGGAGAGUUUGAGAGCUGGAACGAACAUGAAACUCGUUUUGCGAAGUCCCCAACUUUAGGUAGAAAGUGUUACAAAUAGCUGUAAGCAUGAGUAACAAUCAGAGUAGCGUGACUGGUCGGCUUUCCACGAUCAAUGGCCGAAAGCCGACGGUCGACGACAUUUUCGCUAGAAAAGCUACAAUGGAAAGAGUUAAGCCGGCACUGAAAAGAGCGUGUGUCAACUCUCUUCUCGCUUUGAUCGUGCUCAUUGAUAUGCGCCAAGGGUCGGUGAUGAGGUUUUUUGAAGAAGAGUGGUUAGUGCUUUGGUACACUGAGUGUGUCUUGGGCAUACUACUUUGUUGCAACUCCCUUGUGUACAUUGCCUCAUACACCUGGGCUCACUUUUGGGAGCUGCCAGUGCCAAUUACUCCUAAGCAGAUGAAGCUACUCCGCAUUUCUGAAACGGACGCUGGGUUCAAUGUAAAAAGUCCACCUCAGCCAAACCUGCCAGAGACAAGAUGGCCUGGCUUUGAUAGCUUUGUCCUGCCUUCGGCAACCUCAUCACCACUUUCAAGAUCAAUGGCCGUGACUCCACAUGACACGUCUGCUGCAAGUUGGGGUUCUGCUGGUUCGAGCUUUGGAGGCAAUGCUAGCCUUUCAUCCAGUUCUUGGUUGUUCUACACAGGAGCAAAUGCUUCCCUCGACAAGAGUGGCUUUUCGGAUAGGUCUUCAGACUCGCCACUCGGAGGAGCCUCCGGUGGCCUGCGCUGGCGUGGUUCCUCACCUCAAGUAAGAUGGCACAUAAGUGAUGAACGCAGCUUGGUCGACUACCUGGCUGCCCAUGAAGAAUCCGAUCGCAGCCUCUCUUUUGAUGUACCAGCAAGCAGCGGAGUGUUGAACUCUUCGCUGCGGCUGGAUGCUGACUCGGUGAUCUCUCACCUGAGCCACUACCAGAAGGCGACAAGGUCUCCGCAGACGAUGCAUGGUGACGACCUUGACUCGGUGGCCACCUUCAGUGGAGACAGUGUUUGGAAGAAGUGGUCUAUUGAUAAAGACAAGCUGGACAUUUGGGUCGAGAACCUUCGCAAGUGGAUCAGCCAGACCAUUGUGAAACGAGUGGACUCUGAGAUAGACUCCAUCAACACCACGCUCCAGAGGCUGGGAUCAUCGGAUUUGCGUAUUGGUGAGGCCAACCCAUCAACGUUGCAACAGGUAGCUCUCAGCAAAGGGCAGCAUGUGCCCACACUGGCUUCUCUGCUUCCAUAUUUGGACCUGAACAGCAACCACGAAUACCUAGUCCAGCGAAUCAAAGAGCUGGCUCGAGGUGGUUGCAUGAGUGACUUCCGAUGGAACAGUGGCAGCCAGAAUUACCGGGGCAAGCCGUGGAGUGACUCGCUUCCCACCGACUCAAGUAUAGUUCUGCAUCUCCUGUGCACAUACCUGAACUCCAGGCUGCCUCCUGAUCCACGCUUCCCAGAUGGGAAAACUUUCACCUCACAGUUCUUCCACAAGGCCCCAAACAAGCCUCCUGCAGACAAGGACGCCCUGUGUAUAUAUCAGACCAGUGUGCUACCACCACACUACCGUGUCAUCAUAGGUGAGGACACCUGGGACCUGCCAAAGGGUCGAAACAACCUCUUCUACGCCAUCCUCCUGUUCCUGCACUGUAUCAAGACUAAACAUGGUGGCAUGCUAGGGAGGAUCAACCUUGGCCUGUCGGGAGUGAACGUCCUGUGUGUCUUGGAUGGAUAGCAUUGCUCACCUUGACGUAUAGCAGUUGCUUCAAGCCAGGUUGCCUUCACCUGGAGGAAAUAGUUUGGCGGCACAUUGCCAUGUGUUGCUGGUCGACUGUUGCUGUUGAUUGUUGCUUGUCGACACAAGUAACCAAUGCAGUGUAGAGUUGAGAACCUUCCUCGUGCAACCGACCAUGCCAUUUUCUGUGCAAACAUGUGGACUGUGCAUUUCAGCAGUGCUUUAGUUUUCCUCAUUCAUUACUGUUUAUCCUAUGAUCUUAGUCCAUCAUACUUGUCAUACUCAUGUUGCAUCCACACUCAAGACAAGCUCUUCUUCACAAUUGUUCUGUGGCUCAAUCAAAUUAUGACUGCUUGCUGCACUUGAGCAUGUGCUAUUGAGACUGUCUAAUCACUGUGGGAUAAAUAAACAUUCUUGUGCUACUUGGUGCCUUUUCCUUUUCUGCUUCUAAGCAUUAUAAGGGCAUUGCUGGAAAGGAAAUUAGGAGUUAAUACUUAAGUGCUAUGCAUAACUUGCAUGCAUUACUCAAGAAUGUUGAUGAAACACUCUGGUUAGCUUCAUAAUUAGCCACUUUAACCUUCUGCAGUAAAAAAAAGUGGCUGGUAUAUAAACUUCAUGCAUUGGCAGUUCUGUAAACCCCUCUUUCAAACAAAAAUCUUUAAUUUCAAAAGCUUCCAAACAAGUCUGUGCCACAGCAUGUUCACCAUGAACAAAAUCAGACUGCCAAUGGCCUAACAAAUCAGUUCCUCUAUUUAGAAGUGUGCCUUCUGAAUGGGAAAUGCCUAUUUUACCCGUGUGAAGCUCUACGACACUUUUCUGCCUCAUUCUGGACAGUGGGUGUGGAAGAAGUGUAACUGGGGCAUUAAUUUUUGCAUUUAAUAACCGGAAAACAAUAUUCAAAAAAGCCCGAUAAAAAAUUUUACAACCAUGUAGUGAAACAGUGACUGCUGCAUUUCUACACAUUCUUCUUGUCUUUUUCUCUAUGCAUUCUGGGCUUCCAAGUUGAAAUGCACUUUGUACGUAAGAGUUUAAUGGAAAUUUUCAGGUACACUGAGUUGCAGAAUUUCAGAAUGUCAAUAUCAGAUACAGUGUCUGUUUGUUCAAGGUCUGUCCUAGCACUAUAGCUCUGCUUUUACUGUUGCUGUUGCUACCUGUCAACUUUGCAAGUGCUAGCUAAUCUGCCAUGUGCAUGCCAGCACACACAGAGCUAUCAUGUGCUCAGGGUAUUAGGGGUAAUGGUAGUGUUCGCACUGUGCUAAACACACUUUUCAAGUAGUGUUAUGAUGACAAAGAUGUGCCAUAAAGCUGGGUGAUAGUACUGUUUUUUCCUCACAAUAGUUUAUUUUCAGUUUGUUAGAAUUUAGUGGAGCCCUCUUAUGUUAUAGUUUGGUAUAACUGUAGCUGCACUCCUUGUUGCUUAUGCAGACCGGAUGAUAUUAGAAAUAAAUAUUUUUCACCAAAUGAAA